AUGGAUCUGUCCGACCUUCCCUUCCCUCUCUCCUCUGCCGAUGACCUCUACGAUGACCCCUGCUUCAGCACCAGCGACAUGAACUUUUUCGACGACCUGGACGCCCGCCUGAUGCACGCCGGCCUGCUGAAGUCAGAGGAUCAUCUUCACCACCAUCACCACCACCACGUCCCCAUCGCAGAGGAGGAGGAGGACGAACACGUGCGAGCCCCCGGGGGGCUCCACCAGGCGGGGCACUGCUUGCUUUGGGCCUGCAAGGCCUGCAAGAGGAAAACGACCCACGCGGACCGCAGGAAGGCGGCGACCAUGCGGGAAAGGCGACGGCUCAGUAAAGUCAACGACGCCUUCGAGACCCUGAAGCGCUGCACGGCGUCCAACCCGAACCAACGGCUGCCCAAAGUGGAGAUCCUUCGCAACGCCAUCAGCUACAUCGAGUCCCUGCAGGCGCUGUUGAGGACUGGGAGCCGGGACGACGGCUUCUACCCGCCGCUGGAACACUACAGCGGGGACUCGGACGCCUCCAGCCCGCGCUCCAACUGCUCUGAUGGCAUGAUGGAUUUCAUCUCUCCGUGUUCGACCACAAGUGAAAACAGUGACGGUUCCUACAGACAGAAGACAGACGAUUCCAGCAGCAGUAAACGCUCGCUCAUUUCCAGUUUGGACUGUUUGUCCAGUAUCGUUCAGCGGAUCAGCACGGAUCCGGUCGUGGCCCCCCCGGGCGACAGCGUGGUCCCCCGGGGUCCUGGAUCGCCUCAGAGCAGCCCUGCAGGUUCGAGUCCCUCCACUGAACCCAACAGCAUCUACGAGCCGCUCUGA